GCUGGCUCCGAGUGGGCACUGUACAGGGAUGCUGGGCAGAAUCAGGCCAAGGUCGCGUGCGGCGAGGCUUGCCAGCGGUGCUACAAGGCAGUGGUCGCCGUGGCACCUGGCCAGGCGUUUCGCUCGGUGGUGGACGCUGCCCAGACGGAUCAGCCCCUCGAGGACCGUUUGUCUCAGGCGUCGGUGACCCUCUCGUCAGGGAAACAGAACUUCCAGGCAGCCGACGUCGUGGAGAAUACUCGCAUUCGCUUGGUGCUCAAGCGCCCCGUCGUGGUCACCUCCGCGGCCACCGUGAGGUCAGACCUUCACGUGGAGCGCAUCCCCAAGCGGAUCAGCGACACGACGGCGGUGGUGACGAUGCCGAUGGAGUCUGGGAAAGGAGAUGAGACGCUUUACCUCUUUCAGCCCGAAGGUGGGGGGGACGCUCCACGUACGGCCGAGAUUCAGGUCAUCCGCGAGUGGUCCAUGAAUGGUAAGGUGUUGGCGGCCGACAACCAGCUCUUCGCUGCCCAGGGCGAGGAGGCGCUCGCGCGUUGCGCGGCGGUGGGCAUGGAGAACAGCGGCAUCCAUACGCUCCUCAGCAAGCUUGGCAACGGCACGCUGCCGACUUACGACUCGUUCUUGGAGUCAUCCUCUGCGGCUGCGAAGCCUCAGCCUUCGCCAGCCGCGACGUCCCCACAGAGGCCGCGGAUGAUCGGAGCCGCAGCUUUCAGCCCCCAGUCCUGCGGCAGGCGGCGCAUGUCUGGCAAGCAGUCUUGCGAUGACUUCUUGAUGGAUGAUGCCGACACUGCUCCUGCGAGCCCGCAGGUUGCGCCCAGCCAGUGGGGCGGCACCACCGUUGCGGGCGAUGACCAGGACGACGCGAUGACGGGGAAUGACUUGCUGGCCAAGUGGAAGGUUCGCAUCCCCCUGGCGGACGUCAUGGACGACGCAGUGGACGGGCGUACCAUCGCCGCCUUGCUCAAAAAGAUCGCCCGCCUCAACGCGUCGCCAGCCACCCAGGCCGACGGGGCUAUCUUGACGCAGUUCUCCGACGAGAUCGUUGUCGCCAAGAAGUUGCAGCCCAGCAACAUGUUCGGGUACUCUUGGGACCAGAUCGUGGAGAGCGUGAAGGUCAUGACCCAUGCAGGGGCCACGUUCCCCAGAGGCACGAAGAACGCCCUGGUGACCGCUAGGCUGCAGAGCUUUGACGCUCACGCUCACGCCCCCUUCUACAUCCGCAUCAUGACGCCCAUUCGGAAGACCGAUGGCCCCUUCAUCCCAGAUGACCCCACGUUGGCCAGCGCUGUCGACGACGAGGACGAGCGCGCGCAGGCAUUCACAGACACGGUCCUGAAGAACGCCGUUUGCAACGCCAUCGCCAAGGGCCCCUCGCAGGAGUCUUUCGCGCGCGGCGUCAUCCAAGACUUGGCCAAGGAGUUCGAGCAGAUUGACUUGCUCGACGUCGGGGGGGUUCUCGCGGGGCUUAUCACGGACAUCCAGGACGUGAGCCGCGUGUGGGCCACUGCCAUGAGCGAUGAGCCCAUCACCGACGUAAGUGAGGAUGCUUACGGCUCCAUCUCCCGCUUCGUGAAGGCUGAGACUGACGACGCCGUGAUUGACCUCGCCGUUUUGCGCGACUACUGCGGCAAGUGCGUGACGUGGAGGCUCGGCUUCCCAGCUGGCAUGACCAACGACUUCGAGUCGUUGCUGAAGGAGCUCAUCUGCUCGAUCUGCCUGAACUUGACGAGCGACGCCUCCCCGCAUUUGGUCGCCGCAGACAGGGUGAAGCAGGUUUCGAAUUUGGCCCAGGAGGCGUCUUUGUCCUUCGCCCUGGACGCUAAUGUCAACGCAGCGAGCUCGCAUGUGGCCACGUUUUUGGGCAACCUGGAGGCGGCGACCAGCCAGGAGAACUUGACGAACGCGUGUAAGGACCUGCUUCAGUCGGCCGACCCUGGUGCUGUUGUAAACGACCCGACGUUCAAGGACAACUCGUUGGAGAGUGUGCGGAAGUUGCUCAGGAUCUGCCAGAACUACCAGUCGGGGAAGCUGAAGAAGACUGGUAACCCUGACUGGCCGUUCGUCGAGGCUGCCAUGUUGGGUCUCGUGGUCGAGCUGGCCACGGAUUCCGCGGGCGAGCACUCGCCCGAGUACUUGCUAUGCCUGGAGAAGCUGCACGCUGCUCAGGGGAACAGUGACGCCGCCAUCCAGACGUGCAUCAACGUGAUUAAAGCUGGCGUCGUGUUGGGCUCAGCGCUGGCCGCCGCCGAGACGUUCAGCAAGACGGAGGGCUUCGUCGCCACGGCUGCCUGGGCAGAGCACUCGCGCGUGUUGGAGCUGCGCGUGAAGCAGGCGAAGGCCUUGGUCCCGAAAGGCGGGCCAUACCCCGCGGGGCUGCCGAUGGCGUACCUCGAUAACAUCGUCAAGCUGGUCGACACUGCGGACGCCUGGAUCUCCAGCAGCGGUGCGGCUAACAGGGACAUGUCGAAGGCGGCGCUCGUCCAGGUGUUCACCGAGCUCCAGCAGAUCAGCGACGGCACCGCGAACGGCAAGCACUGGAGCGAAGGGCUGCCCAAGGACGCUGACAUGAAGAAAAUCAUUUCCCACAUGAAGGGUGUCACCAAGGGCGUCAGCUUCGCUGCGAUUAAGACCAAGGUCGACGACGUGGAGCGCUCCUUGGGCGCCUACAAGAAAGCGUGCGGCUUCAUGUCGGAGCCCGCCGACGACGCCCUCAUUCAUGAUAUCCAGAAGGAGUGCUUCAAGGCCCGCACCACCGUCACGGAGAACCUAGUCGCCAUGCAUUGCGACGUCAAUGCCAACGAUCCUGAUGCGAUGCGGGUUGCAGUGGUCAGCGAGAUGAAAGCGUUCAGGGCCUACCAGGGCGCUGCCAAGGAUAUGAACUUGACCUUGGCCCUUGCGCUGAAGAGCGUCAUCGCCAACAG